AUGCAAGCCGUCCUGCCUUUGGACAAGUGGGGUAUAGUUCUCCUUAGCCCCUUUCCACCGGCGAAGGGACAACGCAAAUUCAUUAUUGUGGCUAUUGAUUACUUCACCAAGUACGUGGAAGCAGAGGCCCUUAGCUCAAUCACAGACAAGCAAGUCUAUCAAUUCAUCUGGCGAAAUAUCAUCACGAGAUACGGAAUCCCUCGUGUGAUCAUCACUGACAAUGGGAGACAAUUUUUCAGUAAGAACACAAUGGAGUGCUGCGACAGGUUCAACAUUCAAAUCCGAUUCAGCUCAGUAUCUCGACCACAAACCAAUGGCCAAGUCGAAUCAGCAAAUAAGGAGAUUUUGAAUGGCAUCAAAAAGAAAAUAGAGGGGGAUGGCCCGUUCAAAGUUAUCCGUGUCAUCAAACCCGAGACGUUCGAACUGGAAGACAUGAAGGGAAAGAAAUUACCCCGUCCAUGGAAUGGAGAUCACUUGAAGAAUGUUAUCAUUUUCAAUAUAUCAGAAGUUCCAUUUUCAGAUUAUCCAGCUCCAACAUUCACAAAAAUCGCGGCUUGUGAGUUAGAAUCAGAAAAACUUCAAACAUUCAUAGCAAAAAGUCUUGAAAUCAAAGAGAAUCACUGA